AUGGCUAACUUUGAUGACAUUCUGGAGGAGGCCGGGCCGUUUGGCCGCUGCCAGAAGCGUAUCUUCGCUCUGCUCUGCCUCUUAUCUUUGCCUUUUGCAGGAGUGUACGUCGGCAUCGUGUUCCAGGGUUUCACCCCCGAUCACUGGUGUCGGGACUCUGCAGUGGUGGAGAGGAGGCAGGCCUGUGGAUGGAGCCUGGCAGACAGUCGCAGGCUGACGGUGCCUCUGAUCAACAGCUCUGGAGUGCUGCAGCAGAGCAGCUGUGAGCAGUAUGAGGUGGACUGGAACGCCACAGAUCUCAGCUGUGACUCCAAGGAGCUGGACCUGAGAGGAGUGUCAAGUACAAGAUGCAAGGACGGCUGGGAGUACGAGUAUGAAGGCAGAAGGUCCUUUGUCACCGAGUUCGACCUGGUGUGUUCAGACGGAUGGUUUGUGGACAUGUAUCAGUCCACGCUCAACGUGGGCUUCCUGGUUGGCAGCUUUGCUUUCGGCUACUUUGCUGACAGGUUUGGCAGGAAGAUCAGUUUCCUCGUGUCUAACCUCUGGAAUGCAGUUGCAGGGAUCAUACUGGCUGUGGCUCCGAACUACGUCUCCAUCCUGGUGAUGAGGACCGUCUUGGGCUUAGGAGUCAAAGGAAACUGGAUGACCGCAUAUGUGCUGCUCACAGAGAUGGUUGGAGUGGAGUACAGGCGGACGGUGGGCAUCUUGUUCCAGAUGUUCUUCAGUGUCGGCGUCCUCAUCCUGCCUCUGCUCGCCUACUUCGUCACCGACUGGCGCUGGCUGCAGGUCAUCAUCACUGCACCCUACAUCUUCUUCCUCGUCUAUUACUGGUUCGUCCCAGAGUCUCCGAGGUGGCUCCUCUCUCAGAACAGGUCGGCCCAAGCUCGAGAGAUCGCUGAAGCUUUGGCCAAGGAGAACAAGAUGAAACUCUCGGCGGACUUUGAGACACUGGCUGGUGAUGAAGGUGAUUCCGCCUCUGCCUCGGUUCUGGACUUGGUCAGAACACCAAAUAUGAGAAAACAUACUUUCAUCCUCAUGUUCAAUUGGUUCACAAGCGCUGUGGUUUAUCAGGGCCUCAUCAUGCGGGUGGGGAUAGCAGGAGGAAACGUCUACCUCGACUUCUUCAUCUCCGGCCUGGUGGAGUUCCCUGCUGCCUUCCUUAUCCUCUGUACCAUUGAGCGCAUCGGCCGACGCCUCCCUUUCGCCGUUGCUAACAUUGUAGCUGGAGCUUCCUGCGUCAUCACUGCUUUUGUCCCUGACAACAUAUACUGGUUAAAGACGGUGGUGGCCUGCAUCGGUCGGCUGGGGAUCACCAUGGCCUUUGAGAUCCUGGUGUUUGUUAACACUGAGUUCUACCCAACGUAUGUCAGGAACUUGGGAGUGUCAGUGUGUUCCACUCUGUGUGACAUUGGAGGCAUCGUGUCUCCUUUCAUGCUCUACAGACUGGCUGUCAUCUGGCUCGAACUGCCGCUCAUCAUCUUCGGAGCUGUGGCGUUCGUAGCUGGAGGUUUGGUGUUGAUGCUGCCUGAAACCAGAGGAGUUCCUCUACCUGAGACCAUCGAUGACAUUGAGUUCCCUAAUCGGAAAAAGGAGAAUCAAGUGGAGAGUCAAGACCUGAAGAAACCUUUAAAAUCAGACCAGAUAUACGACAAAGAAACAACUGUUUGAUUGUCUUUUAUUUCACUUAGCGGCUCAAAAACAAGGAAGUUCCUCUCUAGACGUUCUCUAUAAAGUAUGACUUUCCUCAUAUUCUUCGUACAAAGUUUUAUUUUUUAGCUCUGACAGAGAACAG